UCGUAAAUAGUUCGAUUGUUUACUUUCAAUAACCAUGUCGCUCAAUCUUGGCGAUCCGUUCCCGAAUUUUACUGUCGACAGCACGGCUGGGCAGAUCGACUUCCAUCAGUGGAUCGGCGACAGCUGGGCAAUCCUCUUUUCGCAUCCGGCAGACUAUACACCCGUCUGCACGACCGAAUUGGCGGCCGUAGCCAAGCUCGUGCCAGAGUUUGAUAAGCGUAAUGUGAAACCGAUCGCCUUAUCAUGUGACACGGUCCAGUCCCACCGAGGAUGGAUAGAGGAUAUCAAAGCGUAUGGUCAGCUACCAUCCGGCGAACCAUUCCCAUUCCCUAUCAUCGAUGACUCGAAGCGGGAGCUCGCAGUUAAGCUUAACAUGCUCGACAAUGACGAGAUCGGUUCGAGCGGGUUACCGUUAACUUGCCGGGCGGUGUUCGUGAUAGAUUCCAAGAAAAAGCUGCGUCUUUCGAUUCUCUACCCGGCCACGACGGGGAGAAACUUUGCAGAAAUUUUGCGCACCAUCGACUCGAUGCAGCUUACUGAUCGCCGGAAAGUGGCUACACCAGCAGAUUGGACCCAAGGGGAUGCCUGCAUGGUGUUGCCUACGAUUCCAGACGAGAUGCUUGGGACCCUAUUUCCGGACGGUGUCACAAACGUAUCUCUGCCCUCGGGUUUGGGGUACUUGCGUAAAACUCCAGGUUCCUGAGAAGCGAGUCAUUUGAUACAUUUCCUUUGGGCACCCUAUCCUUCAUCCCGUCAAGUACGAAAUUAUUAAUUACACUACAAAUUAAGUGUGAUAGGUUUCUAAAUGGCAUUGAAACUUAAUUACUAAUUUUAUAUAGGUUUGUCCCAGCAACUUCUGUUGGGAACAUCGAAUCACAAAAAUACAUUCGAUAACAUUUAUAAAACACAACAUAACGCCUACAUUCACUGGAAUGAUCUAAAGAAAAACAUUCGUCAUUUAACAUCCGAUAAAAACACGUACUGGUCCAGUAUGACUUUGGAAAGGUAUUGCUCGAGAUAACUUCUUGGAAUUUCUGCGACCCGGGUAAAGAUUUCAAGAAAACGUAAACCAAACAGGGCUUCCAUUCCAACAGGUUGUUUUGCUCUGUAAUUAAACAAAUGUUGAAGCAAACAUUACAAUUUUGACACAGCUUGAAAUCAAGAUGGUAAUACACUCACUCUAGAU